AUGCCAUUUAUCAAACUGCGCGUCACUCAGUGGCUGAAAAGGAGAGAGCAUCGCGAGCUUGUUGAAGAAAUGGACACGACCCAGCGCAUACAACUGUUCGCGGCAGGCGCUACGAUUGACGAUGCAGACACGCAAGAUCUCGUAGAAGAGUUAAGAAUGCCUCCGUAUCGGUCGACGGUUGAAGACUAUGGAGAAGUUGUAAUUCAACAUGGUUUUCUAGUGAUGUUUGGCAUCGCGUUUCCGCUCGCAGCACUGAUUAACUUUCUCAACAAUAUGGCGGAAUGCCGCACGGACACAUACAAAAUGCUCGCCGUACACCAGCGACCGGAUGCUGAUGAUGCAGCGGACAUAGGAGGAUGGUUGCCCGUACUGAAAGUUUUGUCCACUGCAUCUAUCGUGACCACGGCUGCUCUCGUUACUAUUACGACGCCAGCACUUCAACUGGCUCUCCCGGAUUUUAUCGGUAACGUUGGUGAGCGGUAUCCAGCGGUCUCUUUCUUGAUUUUCGAACAUGUCCUGUUUUAA